AUGGUCAUGCAGAAACUGCACGGAGGAGCUGACCUGAUGACUCCGGGUCUCGCCAAUGACCCGCCUUUCGACGAGCGUGCCGUUAAAGGUGCAGUGGUUGCUGUUGCAAGCCUUAAUAGGCAUACGGUACCGCUGUUUGUGGGCGUGUGCGAAAUCGACAUCUCUGCCCUUGGUGAGGUCCAGGGCACGAAGGGACAUGCCGUUCGAGGUCUGCACUGGGAAGGUGAUGAGUUGUGGGCAUGGAGCUCGUCUUCCAAGCCGGGUCAGCCCGCUCCAGAGUAUCUGGAGGGGUGGGAUGAUGAACUGGAAGAGGACGAAGAUGUAGGAGAGAUCGAAGAGGGCGUGCAGAGCCUAGCAGUAGAUGGUGAAGAGGCCACUCAAGGAGCUGGAGGCGAGGAAGCAUCGGACGAAGCGCAUGAUGCUCCGCAGGAGGAGGUUCCUGAGGUUGAAGAAAAAGAGCCCACAACUAAAGAAAUUGAUGAGGCUUUCGAAAAGGCCUUCCUCUACUCCCUCUACAAGCUCAAGCAAGAUAACCCAUCCGCUACCAAUCACGGUCUAUCUUUACCCGUUCAACCAUCUGCUCUGAUAUCGAACAUGAUCACACCCCACCUGCCCAUAUACACCGCAAAACAAGCCCAAUACUACCAAAUCAAGAAGACCAGCUGGAAGAACGUGAAAAAGUUCAUCAAAUACCUGGACAAGCAGCGCUUGGUCAAGUCCAAAGACCGCAACGGCCAAGAGACCGUCAUCCUCGAUGUGGACUUCAAUGACCGUCGCGUUCUAGAAUUCGUCCCUUACAGACUCCCAUCCAAGAACGCCGUCGAGAGCGCAGGAAAGCCUGCCACUCCAGCAAACAACGCCAAGUCCGCAUCUACAGACAGCGGCGACCCCUCAGUCGGCCAAACCCUGACCGUGCAGACUCUCUAUCGCCCAACCAACAAACUCACUCCAACCAUCUUCCCCGCCCUAUCCAGCACCCACCCCAGCAACUACUACAAAUACACCGACAUCUCCACCCACCUCGACCAAUACAUCCAAUCUCAGAAUCCCCCGCUCGUCGACCCCAAAAACAAACGCAUCAUCACCCUCAACCCCUACCUCGCCAACACCAUCUUCACCUCCUCCUCUGCCGAUGACAAGAGCACUCUCGCCCGCGGCAAAACCACCCGUGACGGCCUCCUCAAGCGCCUCAUCGAGGACCACUCCCUCAUGACAGCCCACUACGUCAUCCUACGCCCUGGCCAAACCCUCUCCGAGGUGAAGCCCAAAGCAGGCGCCGCCCCCAAGGUCAAUGUGAUCCUUGAACGCCGCACCGGUUCCAAAACCGUCACUAAGGUCUGGAACCUCGAAGUGUUCGGCAUCAUCCCUAGUCUCUUGGCCGAAGAACUGCAGAAGAAAUGCGCUAGCAGCACCAGCGUAACGCAGGCUACUGGCGCGCCCAAGGGCGUCAUGGAGGUGCUCGUCCAGGGAGACCAGCGACGCGCAUUGGAGACGGCGUUGGUGAGACGUGGGUUGAGGACGCAGUGGAUUGACGUUGUGGAUAAGACGAAGAAGAAGAAAUGA